AUGUCCUCGCUUGAGAUAGUUUCGACUUCGAAUGCUCCAGCAGCUAUUGGACCAUAUCAACAAGCCAUCAAAGCCAACGGAUUUGUAUUCGUGUCUGGUUGCAUUCCCUUGGACCCAGCAUCGAUGGAGAUUGUCGCCGGUGGCAUUGACGAGCAAACGACUCAAGUGUUCAAGAACCUUCGAGCCGUCGUCGAAGCGAGUGGUUCUUCCAUGGAUAAAGUGGUCAAAACAACAGUGUUUCUCAAAUCGAUGAACGAUUUCGCCGCAAUGAAUCAAAUCUACUCCAAGAGCUUUGGAGAUCACAAACCCGCCAGAUCUGCGGUUGAAGUAUCACGUCUUCCCAAGGACGUCCUCGUAGAAGUCGAAUGUAUCGCACUCGCAUCAUAA